GGGGAGGUGAGGGAUUGUGUUGACGUUUUGAAUAGUGGUUAGUGAAGACGGGCAAAGUUCGUAUUUAUACCGUGAAGACUGCAACACUGCUUCUCUGGCUUGUAGUGCUGGUGAACUGAUGGGGGAUCGUGUGUCUGAGUGUGUGAUGGAUAACCCUGGGCACAGUAUUUUUGCUGGUGGCAGCUUGCACCUAGAUGGCAUAGCUGCCAGGAAUGAGGAGGAGGACCUGCAGAGGGAAGAGGAAGAGGAGGAGGAGAACAGGAGGAGGGAGAAAGAAAUACAGGACUUGUUAGUGAAUGCCUUUGAUGACUUGGAGGAAGAAGAGUCAUACACACAACAUUCUGGCUAUCCUUUUACAGGCCCUAGUGGUGGUGGGGAGAACCAGGGUGGUGGUGGUGAUGGUGGUGGUGGUGGUGGUGGUAGGGAUGGGGGUGAUUGUGGUGGCAAGGACAGCACCUUGACAAGCUCCUACCCACUGCAGGCCUAUCAUGAGGAUGCACACAGCUAUCAAGAGUACCAAAGUGACGUGUACCACCAACAGGAUGAACACCACAUGGGACAUCUGGGUGGCUCCUCAGAAGGACGUGGAUCACUGGGAAGUGCCUCCCGCAGUAGCAGCAGCAGUGUGACCCCCUGGAGUGAAGACAGCCGGGGUACCUCUCCCACCAGGUUCAGCCCCCUGCAUGGUCACCUGAGUACAGAACUGCCCUGGAUGAUGGCACCACUGGAGGGGACCCAUAUGUUCUGGAAUAUGUGCCUGGAAAUGAGCAAGACUUCCAGGUGUCCUGUGUGGAGGCCUAUGCUGGCAGUGAUCAUCAUGCAGACCACCUUGAGGUGCAGGACAGGCAGGAAAUGUCGAGCCUCAACGAUCAGUACACAGGCAGAGACGUCCUAUGGUCAGCUGAAGCUCCUGUAUGAGGUGAGAGGCAGGGAGCUGGACCGUCAGAUGUCAGAAUACUCUAAGUUGCAGUUUGAGAGUAACCGUGACAUCAGAGCUCUUCAGCAUCAGCUAAAUCUCUUGAGAUCAGAAAAUGAUGGUAAAUCAGCUAGUGUCAAGCAGCUUCAAAUUCUUUUAUCAGAGAAAGAGGAGAGAACAAAGGCACUAGUAACUGAUAUGAAAGAACUCCAGAGUAAGCUGUCAGCAACACAGGAUGAAAACAAAAGGCUUCAUCUACAAUUGGAGACUGCUGAGUCCACAAUCUCUGGGCUGGAGUGCCAAGUGUCAGAAUUGCAGGCAGUAGACUGCCUCAGUAGGAACCAAAAGCUGCAGGAGGAUUUCAUUUGCAAGUUACAGCAAGGCAAUCAAGAAGAGAAGGAUCUGUUGUUGUCAAAGUUGCAUGAGUCUCAGAAGGAGGCUCAGACCUCCCAGCAGGAAGUCAAGAGACUCCGAGAAGAACUAAAGAACAUGAGGAACCUGUAUGAUGGAGCCAUGGUGCAGAAAUCAGAGACGGUGGCCAAGCUCAAUGUGACAAUUGAAACCCUGAGGAAGCAGUAUGAGCAGCUCCUUCAAGCUCAUGACAGUCAGGAAACACUGAAAUUGGAACUGAAGGUGAAGAGCCUGGAGGCCACCAACCAAAACCUGGAGGAACGAGUUUCCAUGCUUGACAUUGAACUCAAGAAGGCAAAAGAGGAUCUGAAGAGCUUUGAUAUGGCAGUAAAGUUGGGCAUCAUGAAAGACAUCUUGCCUACAGAGGAUUCCAUGCUUGGCCUUGGCAUCAAGCAGGCCCUCACUUACAAUGACACCACUACCUCAGACAAACACAAGGGAAGCAGUGGCAGCAAGUGUGAGUUUUCUAAGGACAAAGACAGUGUUGUGACAGUUCGUGAAGAGCUAAAAAAGAGCCUGAUGAUCAACAAGGCCAAGAGAGAAGAGAUUGCCAUGCUGAGAGAAGAUGUUCAUGAGAAGCAGGACAGGAUUAGGAAAGCCACCAGCGACCUGCGGGAUGCACAUGCUGAGGUGAAACAGUUGAAGGAACAGCUAUUGAGGCUCCAGAUGAAACAUGAUGAGAGGGAAGUGAGAGAGGAAGGCACCAUCCCCUUAGUAAAUAACAAGGAAAGAGAGCUUCAAGUGGAAAAUUCUUCUCUACGGCAAGAGAUGGCCUGCCUCUUGGCCUGUGUGAGGGACAGCAAGCUGCUUUAUGACAGCCUGAAUGAUGCUGUGAUGAGUGUCAAGGAUGGUGUGGUCCAUGACCAGGCCUCAACACUCCCUGCCAAGAUGGAUGAGCUGAUGCAUCACAUUGAGGCUGGAAGGAAGCUGUCAUCUGAGGUUGAGUGUCUCCAUGAAAUGCUCACAGAGAUGAGGAAAGAAAAUGCUGCACUUCACCAGGCUCAAGCAGUGUGGGAGAAGAGAAUUGGGAACCUGGAAGUGAAGCUGAAGGUGUCAGGGAAGAUGAUUAUGAGGGCAGUUACUGACCCAGAGAAGGCAAGUGAAAUCACUCCCUCCUUUGCCACACUCCAAAGGCUUCUUGCUGACCUUCAGGAGCUGGUGACAGAAGUGAAUCAAGAGGUUCAGGAAGCCAACCAGGAGAAGUUAAAGCUGCAGGACAGACUAGCAAUGUGCCAUCUGGAUUUGGAGAAGAUGAGAGACAAAAUUACAAAGCUUGAGGAAGAAAAGGUUAACUUGGAGGCACAGUUUGCAUCUCUAGAGAAGGAUAAGAACAGAGAGAAAGAUGUUGAGCUGGAAUGUUACCAGAAAACUUACCUGAAGUUCCAUGAGGAAGCAAUGCAUGAGCUGGAGGCCAAUGUCAAGGUGGAAUAUGAACAGAUAGUGACAGACUUGAAGAAAAAGAUGCUCAAGUUGAAUGAGGAGGUAAAGGAGACCAAGGAAUGCUAUAUUCAGAUGUGUCAGGAGAAGAAUCAGUUAGAGGAAAGAUUGGAGCAGCUGGUGAGGAGCAGAUCCACACCUGUAGAAUCUCAGAGACUCCAGCAGGGUGCCAGAACUACCCUCUCAACUCCAGAUUCUGGUGUCAGUGCUGAAGGUGUGACUCAGAGAGAGCAAGUACAGGAGGUGAUGCUGCACAAGGAAAUUGAAACUCUCAAAGAGGAGUUGGCCUUUGUUAAAGAAAGAUACAAAGAACAGAGCAGAAAACUUGAGCAGCAAAUGGAUCAGUCUGCCCUCCCUCACAAACAGAAGGAAGACACAAUGAUGACAGGACAAGAAACCAGUGAAGCUGUUAAAGAAAUGGAAGAAACUUGUAGUAGGCUGGAAAGUGAGAAUCAAGAGUUGAGAGAACAGUGUAAAGAUCAGGAGGCUGAGAUUGUGAGGCUUAAAGAAAUAUUGUCUCAAGAGCCUGUGUCUGGAAUUAAAGGUGCCUGGCAGGCCAUCUUAGAGAGACAGCAGAAGCGAAUGGAUGAGGAGAAAAAGGAACUGAGGGCUUAUUACGGAAACAUCAUCGAGGAACUGCAGAAAAAGUACACACAGAUAAAAUGUACAGAGCUACCAGAGACCAAGAUGAAGGAGCAGGAGAGUAACGUAAGUGACAAGAUCAGGGAGCAGGAGGAUAUCAUCACAACUUUAAGGGCUGAGCUGGAGAAAGUGAGAGAUGAUGUACAGACGGAGGAAGAGGUGAGGAAACUGACUAACCUGCUGCAGAACAAGGAGGAUGAGGUUCAGGAAAAACAAGAACAGAACAAUGUCAUCAGACUUGGGUUUCAGAAUUAUGUCAGAAAAGUGGAAGGUGAGCACAAGUGUCUACAAGAAAGAGUAGAGGAGGUAGAGGCACAGCUAAAGGAGAAGGACAAGAAAUACAUCCAUCUGAAGUUGAAAUUCAAAAAGUACAAGGAAGUAAUUAAUCAAAAGAAGUAUUACGAGAGUGAGCUGAACAGAUUGUGGGAUAAUUAUGUGGCCACCAAAGCAUCGUUCAUUGUGCAGCUGAAGAAUGGACUGGAGGAGGUGAAGGGAAUGUUUGUGAAGCAGGUGGAGGCAGUGAAGGAGACCCUUGGUGACUUAAGUGGACCACAGGCGGCUGAGGCACUGCAGGAACUCAACCAGCUCUCUGCAUACGUGAAGAAUUUUGAUUUGAAAAUAUCGUGAGGCUGUUCCAUUUAGUGAAGACAUUUAUGUAUUUGUACAGAAAGGAAAACCAAAAAUAGACUACUUUUUCCUUUUUCAGGUGUUGUAAACUAUUUAUUUUAAUGUAUUUUAUGUGAAUAUUUUAAACUUGA